CCAUCCACACACACACACACACACACACUCCACAGCACAGUAUGAGCGUCACUACCGAAUCAUCAUUGCAACUCAUGAUCGCCCCCACCCCCACCAUAAUUACUGCUCCUACAAAUUAAUUAUUCUUCCUCGAUUCUUUAUUAGUCAUCGCAUUUCCCCACCUUCAAUGCCGUCCCCCCUUUCUUUCUUUAAUCUUCACCUCCCAUAUUCUACACUGCGAAUGCGUGUUAUAAAUUAAUAUUUGACGAUAACAGAAGAAGAUCUGAAGUGGGUUCAAUGGUGUAAUCCGGGUUGACCCACCCACCAGCCCCACUUGUGGUCGGAUGCCCGUUUUUGAUUUCUUUAUUGCUGCGGAACGGCUCACUGAAUCUGUGAUCAUUUAUUGUAUCUGGCCACCCACUCCAUUAUUUUUUCUUGUUUUGUUGAGUGGGUUAUCUGCAUUCAAUUCUUGCUUUGUCCCUCCACAGCUUUUGGUAUUUUGCAAGAUUACACCCAACCUACCUACAGUACUUUGGAUGGUUUUUUGGGAUUGUGUUUCUUUGCCGUACUAUAAUUCUUGGUCUUCCCCCACCCCCCACUUCUUCUAUGCCUAUGAUUGUUCAAAGUCUGUGUUUCCAGUGUCGGUGCUAGCUGAAAAAAUCUUCUAUGACAAUGGCGCCUGUGGGCUGCUCCUCUCCUUCUUCUCCGCUUGACUCCACUUCCGCAGUUUGCAGUCAGGUGGCCAAGGAUCAUGUACUUAACAUGUCGCCCAGGCCUUCCCAUAAUCUGAAUCCUCAGUCUUCAGCAGAACUGAUGAAUGAAAUUGCAACACUUGAGGUUGAAAUAGUGCGUCUGGAACGAUAUCUUCUUUCUCUCUACCGGACAGCAUUUCAGCAGCAUCUCCCAAGUAAUUCCGGAAACCAUGUACAACAGAUAACCGGAAUAUCUCCAUGGAAUAAAUCUGAUCAACCAUCUCCGAGGAUAAAUUUGGAAAUGUCGAAAGACUAUCAUGACCAUCAAGGGCAAAUUUCGCCUACAAGUGCUUUAACUGGGCCAAAUGAUUUGAUUCAAGUUGCUAUUCCAAAAUCAUCAUCUGGAAGGGAAAGCCGGAGUACUUAUUCUCGGCACCGUAGCCUUGCAGAUCAUCUUGGGAAUUGUCGUAUUGAUGAUGCCCUCCUUCGUCCGGAUAAACUAUCUGAAGACAUUAUAAGAUGUAUCUCUUCAAUUUAUUGCAAAUUGGCAAACCCUGGACGGACUAACAAAGGCUAUUCAGUUUCCUCCGCUUCAUCAUUCUGCUCGUCGAGCACGUUUUCUCCCAGAAAUUUAUCUGGGAGUUGGAGUCCUCAAUGUAAUGAUGAAGUUAUUCAAGAUUGUGAUUUUGAAGGCUUAAAACAAGAUAAUGGACCAUACUCUGAAAUGGUAGAAGUCCUGAAGAUAUGCUUAGAUGAUGAGAGCUAUAGUUAUGCUGCUACAAUGCUUCAGAAAUUCAGGUCCCUAGUUAAGAGUCUUGAGAUUGUCGACCUGAAGAAGAUGAGGCGCGAAGAGAAGCUUGCUUUUUGGAUUAAUAUUCACAAUGCAUUGGUGAUGCAUGCUUAUUUAGCAUAUGGAACACAAAACUGUAUAAAAAGUACUUUCAUCGUGAAGGCUGCUUAUAAUGUUGGUGGACAUUGUGUAAAUGCUUACGACAUUCAAGGCUACAUUUUGGGGAUCAAAUCGCACUAUUCUCCUCCGUGGCUCCAAACACUUCUAUCACCUGGAAAGAAGUUCAAAACUGGGACUGCUAAACAUGCUUAUGCUAUUGAGUACCCUGAACCACUCGUUCAUUUUGCACUUUGCUCAGGCGCAUACUCUGACCCUGCGGUUCGAGUUUACACUGCCAAGAAUAUAUUUCAAGACCUCAAAGUUGCCAAGGAAGAAUUCAUACAAGCUACAGUUUAUGUCCAUAAGCAAACAAAGAUAUACCUUCCAAAAAUCUUGCGCUAUUAUGCCAAGGAUAUGUCACUUGGCAUGGCUGCACUCUUGGAAGUGGUUAGCGGAUGCCUAACAGGCAUUCAACAGAACACAAUCAGAAAAUUUACGAACGGCAAACCUGAAAAGUACGUAUAUUGGUUAGAGCAGAGCUCAUCCUUUCGAUACUUAAUCCAUAAAGAUAUAGCUGAAAGGAGAUGGGGUGGUUGAUUUUUUUUUUUUUUUUUAACUUUAAUUAUGAUUGCUUAAUCACCAAUUUCUUUUUUUUUUUUCCCUGUAAUUAUCACGCAUUUGUGUUCCUAAUGCUUUGGGGAAAAUUUUCCAUACACUGUAUAGAAGAUGAUACUGGGAAGAGCAAAGUGGAUUUUACUGGCUAUUGAUUUUCAGAGCCAAAGAAUCUAUUUUGCUUUUGAGGUGUUCUGUUUUGUUUUGUUUUUUCUCUUGGGUUUUGACAACUUUCUGUGGUGUUUUCAUAUAUCUAUUGUUGAAAUUAUAAAUAAGCAAGUGUCUCUUUUGUUUUAGUAUCUAAGGGGUCAUCAGGUACCUCUUCCUCUGCUAACGAGGCCUAAUUUGGUCAGCGAAAUGGAGAUCCUAUUAUUAUAUGAUCACGAGUUC